UAAUUGUUGGGGAAUUGCCACUAAUACCACUUUCCUAAUACCACUUUUCAACUUUACACUUUUCAAAUUUACCUUUAAAAUUUUAGUAGGUAAAGUACCAUUAUACCCUUAUUUAAUCAAACAUAAACAUAAGUCUUCUCCCACAAGAAAUUGAAAAUUCAAAAACCCCUAAUCGAGAGAUUGAUUCCGGCGAUCGAGAGAUUCCAACGAGAGAUCGAUUCCGGCGAGAGAGAUCGAUUCCUUCGAGAGAGAUCGAUUCCGGCGAGAGAGAUCGAUUCCGGCGAGAGAGAUUCGAUCCGUCGAGAGAGUUUCGACGACUUCAGCCAUUUUCACCGGCGAGAUUUGAUUAUUCAGGCGACAUUGACGUCCGACGAGAUUUGGCGUAGACUACAAGCUCAAUCGAAUCAAUCUCUCUUCACGAACGUAACAAAGUUAUGGUGUUCGAAAUUUGUUCUAUAUGUGGAGAAUGGAAACUAAUAAAUGGAAUUCACUGGGAUUUCAUAGUGGAUGAUCAACGAGGAUCCUCUCUUAGUAUGAUUCAUGAAGAUAUCAGCUACAAUGAUUUGAUUGUGGCUGUUUUAGAAGAUUUUGGAAUUGAUGGCAACAGAAACAGUGUAAAUCUUAGCUAUGCCUCACCUUCAAAAUUAAACUUUGGUACAAAAGAGCUUCCUCCAGCAUUUAUUAGGAAUGAUCGUCAAGUAACAUCUUAUCUGAGCAAACUUAAGGAGAAUGGAGACCUUCAUCUAUGUGUAACCAUUAAGAGAAGAACUCAAUUAUCACCAAUGAUUAUGUCAAAUAUGAUCCAGCCACGGGGUGGAAAUAGUAAUCAUGAUUUGCCUAUUGCUGGAACUAGUAAUCCGCGUGAGACAGGAACACAAAAAUCACCAUUGAUUAUGUCAAACAUGAUUCAGACACAAGAUGAAAUUUCUAGUACUCAUGAUUCGCCUAUUGCUGGAAGUAGUAAUGUAUUUGAGAGAGGAACAAAAACACACGCGGAGACUGAAUGGAACAGCAUUCAGAGAGUUGACGAAGUCUCUGGUAUACAACAUACUUGUAUUAGCGACAGUCUUAUUUCUCCUUCAAGUGGUCUUGUUAGCAAUAAGAGAGGAUUGGACUCGAUUGGACUUGCUGUAUAUGGGUCUGGAAAGUCAAAAUUGCCAUCUUUCUCCAGUAGACGUGGUAGAGAAAGCAUGGGAGAAGAUAUCUUGUCUCCCAGUUGUGGUGAUGAUGAUGAUUUGUUCUGCGGGAAGUUUUUCAAGGAUAAAAAGGAAAUGAGCACAAAGUUGAGGUUGCAUGCAGUUAGUAAAAGCUUUGAGUUCCACACAGAAUAUUCAGACAAAACACGUUAUGUUCUUAGUUGUGUGGAUGAAAGAUGCAGUUGGAGUUUUCGUGCAAAAUCAGUUAAAGGAUCUCAGAGUUUUUUUGUUCGUCAUUAUGUAUCUAAACAUACUUGUGACACUUCUCUGAGAACUGUUAGUCAUCGGCAAGCUACUGCAAAAUUGUUGGGAACUAUGGUCAGCAAUCAUUAUGAAGGAGGAAAGAUUGGGCUGAAACCUAAACAGAUCAUGGAAAAAGCUAGAAAUGAUCAUGGUGUUGUGAUUACAUAUUCAAAGGCUUGGAGGUCUCAAGAGCACGGCCAAGAUAUAGCUAGGGGUACUCCUGAUGACAGUUAUGAAGCUUUGCCCAGUUGGUUUCACAUGAUAAAAGAAAAGAAUCCAGGUUCUGUGACUUUUAUCGAAGUUGAUGCUGUUGGGAAAUUCAAAUACGCAUUUUUGUCGCUUGGUCCAUCUAUCAGAGGGUUUAAGUUGAUGAGGAAGGUACUUUCUGUUGAUGGUGCCCAUCUGAAAUCAAAGUAUAAAGGGACUCUACUUGCUGCCACAGCACAAGAUGGUAAUUUUCACUUGUAUCCUAUAGCUUUUGCUAUAGUUGAUUCUGAGAAUGAAGCCUCAUGGAGUUGGUUUAUGAAAUGUCUGAAAACCAUCAUUCCUGAUGAAGAGGAUUUGGUUUUUGUCUCUGAUCGUGCGGCCUCUAUUGAAAAAGCUCUUUUACAACAUUAUCCUGUUGCUCACCAUGGAAUCUGCAUCUUUCACUUUCAAAAGAAUGUCCAGGACAAUUUCAAAAGUUCAACACUUGUCCCUUUGGUUGUUGAAGCUGGUUAUGCCUACACCAAAGCUGAUUUCGAUUGCUAUUUUCAAGAGAUUGAGGAGUCCGACAUUGUAUUAGCAGAUUAUCUUCGUAAAGCAGACUUCAGGAAGUGGACCCGAGCUUAUUCUCCUGCUAAUCGCUUCAACAUCAUGACGUCAAACUUGGCCGAAUCUAUAAAUUCUUUGCUGAAAGUGAGUCGUGAGUAUCCAAUUGUCUGUCUUUUUGACACUAUUAGGAUGAUAAUGACUAAGUGGUUCACUGAACGACGUGAGGAAGGAGUUCGUCACAUGCACCCUGUCACUGUCGAAGUGGGGAACAAGAUGAAGGAGCUAUAUGAUUUUACGUCUCGCUUCCUUGAAGUUUCCAAAAUCAAUGAUUCAGAGUUUGAGGUUAAGGGAGAUACAAGAGAUCAAGUGGUGAAUUUUCAAACAAGGCAUUGUUCAUGUUUUGUGUUUGAUAUUGAGAAGUUUCCUUGUGCUCAUGCAAUUGCCGCUGCAAAAUCUGGGAAUAAGCACGAAAAUGAUUAUGUCGAUGAGUUUUUCUCCAAUGAAAGGUUUACACUAGCAUAUUCAGAGAGUGUAUAUCCUGUUGGUGAUAAAACAUAUUGGGAUAUUCCUCCCCAUGUAGCUUCGUUUGUUUGUCGCCCUCCAUCUACACGCUUUCCUAGUGGGAGGAGGAAAAAAAAGAGGAUACCAAGUUCGUGGGAGUAUGGAAAAUAUCGGCCCAUAUCUAAACCAUCACCCAAGGCUUACAAAUGCAGCAGAUGUGGACAGAAAGGACACAACAAAGGUAGUUGUGUAAGGCCUAUUUGAUAACAGAGUAGUAUAAAAACUUGUGUGCAAUUGAUUAUUUUAUAUGAUGUUAUAAGAGAGAAUUGGAAUCGAAUAGAUUUUGGGGAACCUUUUACUAUUACAUUUUAUCGUUUUAUAAUGAUUUAUAAAGUUUACAGGUGUCUAAUAGAAGUUAUGUUCCUUUUAUUUUUACAUCUAUCAUUUUAUAAUGCUUUAUAAAUUUUGCAGGUGUCUAAUAGAAGUUAUGUUAUUUAUUAUACGAAAUGUGUGGUUACAUAAACUACCCUUUAUAAAUCAUUAGGAUUCAGAUUAAUUGUAGAAAUUAUAUGUUCGUUUGAUAUCUUAGCUUACUUGCAUGAACAUAAAUAAAAUAUGUUUCCUUAGCAAAGGUUUAAGGUACAAACCAAAAUAUAUUUUCCUCAUCAUGAAGGAUUAAGGGACAAGCCAAAAGAUGUUCCUCAUUGAAGACAUCAUCAAAAGAUAACACACUAAAACUGAAAAAGUUCCAUAGAUAUUUGUUAAAAGUACUAAAAAACUGAAAGAGCUUCAUUUCUUCAAAUUCGCGAUGCUUCUAAUCGGCAUUUUUAAGAUCUUCCAAAACACUUCCUAUCACAUCAUCAGCUGAAUCUUUCUCAAAUUGUUUCUUUUGUUUUUUCGAUUUGGGGGUGCCAACAUUGUGUUCCUUUAUAAGCAUAACAAUUAAGAAAAUCAGAAAUGAUAAUUGGAUGUAGUCAAUGAAAUUUGAAAGAAUAUUUUAUAAACCAUUAUACAUAGA